AGAGCUUUUCGCCCAAAUUAGUGAAUUACCCAUUCCCCACUCUAUCCUUGCUGGUCUUCUUUUUUUUUGGGUAGAAAUCCUUGCUGGUCUUCAAUUUCACGAGCAAAUGAUAGAUUUCGCGAUGAGGGACGAGGAGGAGGCGAUCGCUGCGGCAGUGGUGUCGGAGCUGUCGUUUCCGGUGGUUCUGCUCGACAGGGAUCAAGAGAUCAAUGUCGGCCGGGUGUUGCUCCUCCCUUCCAUGAAUUUCAAGGCCUUCAAAUCGACCAUCAGCAACCGAAUCGGGCUCGCCUUUCACCAAUUCUCCGUCCACGUGGGCGACAGGCAUCGCCGCGGGUUCCGAAUCCCGGUCACGGAGAAGACGAACUUCUCCACAGUCAUGCAGAACAAGGGGUAUUUCUUCCAGGUGCUCCUGAAGCGAUCCAGGCGCGAACGGAGGCGGAGGAGCCCCGUGGCGGUGCGGACAACAGCGGAGAGCCACCGCCGCCGCCGCUUCGAUCUGCCGGGGAACGUGAUGCUACUGAGGCGAGGCACGGACGGGUACGGGUUUCCUCGGGAGCUGGAUUUGGGGCUGUCCGGGUACGAGAGGCGGAUGAAGGAGCUGCAAGUGGAGAAGGAGAGGUACCUGAUGAACAUGGGAUUGCUCUCCCGUCUGGGACUGGAAUCGCUGAGCCUGGACUCGGGGGACAGAUCGCGGAUGAGCGAGGGCCGAGGCGAAGGCGUGGUUUGUGAAGAGUGUUCCAGGGGUGGAGACCCGGAGUUCCACUGGUGUGUGCAUGAUCCGGUUACGGAGGGUUUCAGGUCGCCGGCGGGUCCAAUCUCUCGACCGGCCGGAGGAGCUGGGAUAAGCUGCUGGGUAAGGCGAAGUUAACAUUUUUCCAUUUUUUAGUUGGGUUUUCUUUUCUGAAAAAAUAUGGGAAGAAGACGACCUUGGUAGGCUGGUACAGAGAUGGUGACAUAAUGGUACAUACAGGAGAAGGUAGACCCAGAAAUCUGUUUGCAAAUGGAGAAGGAUGACUAGUUUGUAGGUUAUGAUAAUUUUGAGGUCAAAUGGAGAAGGAUUAUAAAUUGGGGGUAUUUGUUUGGGUAGAUGAGAAGAAGCAGGGGUGUGUGUGAUUACUGAUUAUGGAGCAGUUUGUAAUUUGUAGGGUAACUGUUUUGGUUAUGCGGAUAAGGAUUGUGGUUGGUGUUUGGAGUGAAAGAAUUGGGUUUUCCCAUUUCUAACAAAGUUAUUUUUUGAGC